AUGAGUGGUUUUGGUAUGGGAGACAGUCCUAGCUCGAAAAGACCGGUAAGAAUCGUUGUGGUUGGUGAGAAAGGAACUAGGAAAUCAAGUUUGAUCAUGGCUGCAGUAACUGGUCAUCGUUACCAUCCUGAUCCUAACAUCCCUCCUCUGUUGCCUUAUGUCAAUUUACCUUCUGAAAAAUGCUCUGGAGAUGUUCCCGUUACCCUUAUCGACACUUCUUCAAGACCGGAAGAUAUGGGAGAGGUAGUUAAGGAAGUCAAGGAAGCAGAUGCAAUAGUUCUGACGUUUGCAAUGGAUAGACAAGAGACCUUGGACUGUUUGAGUGAAUAUUGGCUUCCUAUGUUUCGACAAUUAGAGGUGAGAGUACCUAUCUUAGUAGCAGGUUAUAGGGUUAUCAAAAAGGAACAUAACCCAAUCAGCAUUGAAGAAAUAAUGUCACCUAUAAGACAACAAUAUCGAGAAAUCGAGAUAUGCAUCGAGUGGUCUUCUCAGAGGCUACACGAUGCUCAAGUGGUUUUUGUGCAAGCACAAAUAGCAGCUAUGUACCCAAUAGGACCAGUGUACGAUCAAGUAACCGAUUCAUUGAAGCCUCGCUGUGUUGCUGCAUUAAAACGUAUAUUUGAAAUACAUGCCCGUGACAAUGAUUACAUUCUCAACGACGAUGGGUUGGACGAUAUUAAUGUUCGUUGCUUCGGUAUACCAUUGAUGCCUUCUCAUAGUAGAGGAUUAAUAAAAUUUGUUCAAGAGCGGUGUCCACUACGAGUCAAAGAAAACGGACUCACAGUAGAUGGCUUCUUGGUUCUAAUCACAAAGAUCAUCAAACAAGGAAAACUCAAAACAUUAUGGACUAUGCUUAGGACAUUUGGAUAUAACAAUGAUUUAAGACUUGUAGAUGAGAUGAUUCCUUAUUCAUCAUUCAAACGCAUGCCUGAUCAGAGUAUUGAGCUGACAGAUGAAGCCAUUGGAUCCUUAAGGGUAGCCUAUCACCGUUUUGAUAACUUGGUACCUCGAAUGAUGGAAUCUCUCUUUGAAACUGCACCUGAAAGUCCUUGGAAUGAAGCUCCUUAUAAGGAUGCUGCAGAGAAAACUAGUAAUGGAGGGUUAUCACUUGAAGCUUUUCUCUCACUGUGGUCAUUGAUGACACUACUAGAUCCAGCUAGGAGUCUUGAAUAUUUCAUUUACAUUUGUCACCCUGAUGAUCCAUCUUUAGCAGUUCAUGUUACUAGGAGAAGAGAGCUAGACCGCAAGGAGAAAAACUCUGAAAGAAAAGUUAUUCAGUGUUUUGUCUUUGGACCCAAGAAUGCUGGAAAAUCUGCAAUGCUCAAUGUAUUUAUUGGAAGGCCAUAUGAUGAUGACAACAGAAAUGGAUUUGGUGAGGAACGUUAUGCUGUUAAUAUGGUUGGCAACUCUAGUGUAAGUGGAGGUACAAAGAAAACUAUGGUGAUGAAGGAAAUUCAAUAUCAAGAAGAUGGAUUACUAUUAUCAGAUGAAGCAUUGGCUUCCUGUGAUGUAGCAGUCUUUGUUUAUGAUUCUUCUGAUGAGUCUUCCUGGAAGAGAGCUAUUGGUUUGCUUGCUGAGGUUGCAACCACUAGUGAAGACUCCGGUUUCGAGUUUCCUUGCCUAAUGGUUGCAGCUAAAACUGAUCUUGAUUCAUUCCCAAUGGCAAUUCAAGAAUCCACUAUGGCUGCACUAGAUAUAGGAAUUGAAGCUCCAAUACCAAUCAGUUCCAAACUUGGAUAUUUCGAUAACUUGUUUCGAAAGAUACUUACCGCGGCUGAGCAUCCUCACUUGUGUAUUCCAAAGAUUGAGUCAAAGAAGAAAAGGAGGACCCUUGAGCUAAUCAACUCUUGGAUUCCAGAAUUUUUGGUCAAAUGCUUCUGUAUUGAAUCAUAGUAUGUGUGGAUUCACAGUUGGGACAGCUGCUAACGAAAGAUUAAAACCUGCAGAUUCUAUUGUAUUGGAGAGAUUGUGUUUUAAGUUAUUUG